AACACACGCGUGGUGCUUUGACGCCACCACCCAUCGUCCACUAUGUUCGACACCACCAACACAAAGCACUUUGCGCACUUGGCGAGAAUUCUCGUCGGGAGACUUUACUUGAAAAGACAAAACACAAACAACACAUUCGCCCCCGUGUGAUGCGUAAUCUCGUUCUACUCUUUCUCCUCGUUGGCUUAAUGGCGUCCCACGCACCUCAUCCUCAUCAUCCCGCCCCUCCCUCCCUUCCCAACACACACAGCGGGCCACUUAUCGCCCGCCAUUUCUGUCUGUCUGUCUGCCCGCCCCCACCCCCCCCGGCUCUCCGCACCGUAUCCCACUAGUCUGUCUCCCUAUCACAGGGCUCCCUCCCCGAUGAACAGUCGGAAGUCAGUGAAGGUCACCCUCCCCGCCCUCCCCCUGUCCAUGGCGGCAAACACCUCCGCCGCGCUGAUCUUGACGGCCGGGCACACCUCGCCCAUCGCACACUCGAUGUCGUCCAGCAGCAGGAAGCCGCGGGAGUGCCGGUCAAGAGCAGAGAAGGCCCGGAAGGACCGGUCAAACGAUGAGAUCAGCCGCUCCCGACGCCUCACCUGCACCCACGGGCAACACACUCCCUGAUCCGUCGGUGAGAGAGAACCGUUGCUUACGAUGGCUCUGAAGACCUCUUUUGAGAGGCCUGGCGGCGUGAAGGGCGGCCGCUGGUGACUGAGCCCCUCCUCCCACAAGUGCUGAUGCACAGCACCACACCACACCACACCAGCAGCCAUACCCUUGUGCCUUGUUUGUUUGUGUCCAUCGAUCCCUUUCUGCCGACCCACCUGAAUGUCACUCUUGACGAAUGGGAAGCCGAACACCGCCAGCAGGGCGCUCUUGAGCUCUGCGCGCGUCAGCACGCCCUUGGAGCCGUGGUCAAAGCGGCAGAAGAUCCUAUCCACGUCGCCAUCGGACACACUGCCAAAACGAGGCUCAGCCAUGAUUCGCUGAUGAGAGCACCUGAAUGAACGAAACAAUGCCAUACACACAACACACAGAGAGUGACCUGACGGAGGGAUGAUCUGUGUCUGUCCUUCAUUCAGCUGACCUUUUUUCGGCGGCUCAGUCAUCGCACCUCGUCAGCUGCUAUCGACGCCGGCGAUGAAUGGAAACGCCAUUGCUGAAGAGAUUGAAGUUGUGAAGGUGCCUGUGAGGAUGCUGCAG